CCACCACGACGAUUAGUGGUACCAACCGUUGUUAGUGCAGUAGAAAGGCGAAACUUCUCAAGUGGAAAUCCUGGUAAUGCCAUCACCACAUCCCCAGACGUACGCUACUCGCCUUAGAACCCAAUUCGGGGGCGUCCAACCGUGAAAACCGUAGUUCAUUUGAAUUUAGGCUUUCAAGAUUUGAAGAUUUCCUCCGAAUCGACCGCGUAUCUCAACAGGUUACAUGAUGUCAAUCGAAUAGCCAUUCACCAUGAUUGAUUUUUUGCGUCAUAAUACCUUAGGUGACCUGAUAAAUAUGUGGCCGUCAUCUCCAGCGACUAGGCGCAUCCUCAUUCCUCCAUAUCAUCACCCGGCUCAAUGGCCACGACGGAUUCUGUAGAAACGCAACUUCAUCGAACAACACCUUUACCAAAACUUCAAAUAUCACUUGCUUUGCUCAUUUCAUACGCAGAGCCUGUAACCGCGACAGUCAUCUACCCUUUCAUCCCAGCGUUCGUCCGAAGGACUGGUAUUACCAGGGGCGACGAGAAAAAGACAGGUUAUUAUGCGGGAUUAAUCGAAUCCCUGUUUUACAUAUCGGAAUGUCUCCGUUUUUCACUGGGGUCGUGCUUCAGACCAGAUAGGAAGGAGACCUAUUUUGUUGCUAGGGCCACUAGGACUCACUCUUGCAAUGUUGGCAUUCGGUCUAUCGAAGACAUUCUGGCAACUCGUUCUAUCUCGAUGUGCUCAAGGCGUGUUCAAUGGUAAUAUAGGUGUAGUACGGACUCUCGUUGCUGAGAUAACCGACGACACGAAUAUCGCAGACGCGUUUACGCUCAUGUCACUGGUGUGGACUAUUGGUGUUACUAUAGGUCCUGCUAUGGGCGGGCCUCUAUCAGAGCCUGCAAAGCGAUGGCCACAAAUAUUCGGCAAUGCAUUCUUCAUUGAAAACCCGUACUUCCUCGCGUGUGCCGCCGCUUCAGCAAUCGCAUUCACACCAUUCGUGCUCUCUUUCUUCUUUUUAAAAGAGACCCGCAAAACCUAUCCCGGGCCAGAUCUUAACUAUGAACCAUCUGAGCGCGACCCCCUACUCGCACACCAGUAUGCCUCAGAUUACUCAAAGAAAGCACCACCCACCCUGUGCACUAUCGUCACUUCCAACCCUCCUCUCCGCCGAUGCCUCAUCAGCCUCGCCUUGCACUCUUUCACCAACAUGUCCCACCAAGUCCUCAUCCCCCUCGUAUAUUCCACUUCAAUCUCGAACGGUGGCCUCGGUUUAUCACCUUAUCAAAUCGGUGUUAUCUUGGGAACAUUCGGCGUUUGUAACGCUAUCCUUCAACUUUUGGUCUGGAAGCCAAUGCUAAAACGCAUUGGACCGAAAGGGAUGUUUAUCUUGUCGUAUACGUUCCAUAUCAUCAGAGUUUUCUUGAUGAUGCUCGCUAGAAUCGCAGCAGCUAGAGCGGGGAAGGUAGACUGGCUCGUUUGGGCAUUGAUUGUUAUCCAGAUGGCAGCGUCUACGUUGGCGGCUACUGCGUAUAAUUCUAUAUCAACGCUAAUCGUCAAAGCGUCUCCGCAACACAUUCUUGGAACUGUGAAUGGCAUUCAACAGAUGGUCGCGUCUGGUCUUCGAGCACUGGCACCGACAGUUACUUCCUCUCUUUUCGCUGCCUCUUUGGCGCUUGACUGGCGGUUCUCUGGAGGCGUUGGGAGGUUAUCCCGAUAUCUCGUUGAUAUAUUGCAAAUCUUCCUGAUUGGAUCCGGUGUUUGGUAUUCGUUGCGGCUUCCGCACUACCGACUCAUCUGA